UCUAUAAUGUUACAAGGCUAAUUCUGUGACAACAUCACAGAUGCUAUAUAUCGUUGUUCUCAUACUGUCCUGUGAUAAUAAACUUUAUUUAUAAUAAACAUUUAUUAAUUAACUCGUCACAGUUAAGUGUCAGUGUGCCAAAGUACCAGUUGUUCCCUUACUUGGCUUUUGUGUGGAGUUAUGUUUCAGAGAUGGCGUGGCGUAUAAGUUCUUUCUUGAAUGUAGCGAGCGAUGUGUUGCGCAGGAGUAACCCUGUUCUCGAGUCCAUACCGACGCCGGUCGCGGUGGACACCACCAAGCAGGUCGAAGCUGCCCCUGAACCUACCGUGGAACAAACCAGCCUUGAAAAGCCAAGAUCGGAGUUAACUCUAAGGAGGGACAAGGCAGUUCGGAACACAAUUGUUAAUAUCGUGAUAGUGGAAGCCAAGGGUUUGCCUGACUCGCCAGACGACAGAAACUCUCAUGGAGUUUACUGCAAAUUUCGGAUGGGAUCUCAAACACAUAAAUCGAAAUCAGUGCCGACCACACGACACCCACAAUGGCGGGAGAAACUUAAACUGAAUCUGUGCAGUGAUCAGUUGCUACAUAUAUCAUUGUGGGAUAAAGGAAAACAAAAGAACUUUAUGGGCAGCUGUGUUCUAGAUCUGUCGUUGCGGGAACGAGAGCGCACUCAUGAUAUUUGGCAGGACCUGGAUGAGGGUUUCGGAUCCAUACAUUUGUCAGUCACCAUUUGUUCUACGAGACAAAAAGAGUCGAAUGAAGUUGCUAAUAUUGAACCAAACGUUGAGGAUUGGCAGUCCAAAUAUGCCUUCUACAGCGUACCUUCAGAUUUAUGUGUUGUCGGACAAUUACACGUAAAAGUUAUCGGUGCCAAAGGGUUAUGCGGCAAGCCGAGUGCCUACUGUACGAUAGAGUUGGAUAAUGAGAAGAUACAGACGCCCUACAUCAGCUCUACUGCAGAACCAGUCUGGAAUAAGAGCUACGUUUUCAACAUAUACGACGUGACAUCUGUACUAGAACUGAAGGUUUGCGACAGUUCUAUAAACUCCAUUCUCGGUGAUUUCUUGGGCAGAGUGAGCAUACCGUUGCUGAGGAUAGACAGCGGUGAAGUACGAUGGUACGCGCUUAAAGACAACAACAAGAGAAGAAUAGCGAAAGGCAACUGUCCAAGGGUGCGGUUGGAAAUGAACUUGUGCUGGAAUCCUGUGAUAGCUUCGUUAAAACUGUUUCGUCCGAAGCAGGUCAAGUAUAUAGCCAAGCCGCCGAAGUUCGACAUCCCUCUUAUAUACAAGAACGUUAAGUUUAUCAGGGACACCUUCAACUUUCUCUUUGCAAUCAACGAGAGUUUCAAACGUCUUUUUGAGUGGGAAGACCGUGAAUACUCGACCACAGUGCUGUGUUCCUGGCUCGUAUUUUGGUACUAUUUUCAUCCGUGGAUGACGCCGUUACUCAUUGCUGCGCUAUUCCCUGUGGUCUGGUUCUUAGACGCUAAACAACGUACUGACUCCCGAAUACAGAAUGGCGAUGACUCGAACGAUCAUGAGGAAGAAGUACAGAAUGGAGAAUCAAUGAAGGAUAAGAUCAAAGGAUUGCCGGAGAUGACCCUCACUAUCACGGACGGUAUAGAGUACAUGGUGUCUGUUGCUGAAAGAUUACACAAUUUAGCAAAGUUCAAGGUGCCAUAUUUGAGCUAUCUAGCGAUAGUACUAUUAAUUGGAUCAGCUGGUGUCCUGUAUUUCAUUCCCAUCGGAUACCUUAUGAUGGCCUUUGGUUUAUAUAAGUACGGUAGAAAGCGCAUCAAUCCAACACGAGUGUUGAAUAACGACUUGUUGGACUUCAUUUCAAGGAUACCAGACAAUAAAAUAUUGAAAGACUGGAAAGAGUUGAAUGUACCAGAACCAAACCACUACCACCAAAGACUAUCAGCGAGUACGUCAGUUACUCCCGAUUCAAAGACAUAGUUACUACCUAAGAUGGAAUAGUUAAGUCUGAUAUUAUUUAUUAUUAGGUUUUAUAACAUAGUGAGAUAGAUAUUUAGGUGAAACUGUACGUGCCUUGUACCCAGUGAUAAAACAAAUGACAAUUUUAAAAUACUCUCCGAAGGGUAAAUGGCAGCCUUGCUGUGGUAUCAUUGACCAAAGUUAUAAACAAUUGGUCACUAUACUAGUUUAGUUUUAGAAUAGAUAAUAAGAUUAUAUUCGACCCACUAAGAUUAGUGGAUGUACCUAAAAUUGUAAUCCGACUUAUGAAAAUAAAUGACUAUCACUCGA